AUUUUCGGUCACGUGAGGGGGGAUCUACGCUCAUUUGACAUUUGGUGAAAUCACCCUAUAGACAGCACCCGAAGUCAGGAUUGAACCCGGGACUCUGGCACUGAAAGGCAGCAACUCUACUGCUGCGCCACUGAGCCACCCUAUAAAUUGGUCACAAAGCAAUUUAUUUAUCUCCCAAAUAAACUUUAUACAGACAGACCGCUGAGAUCGAAGGCGACACAGCGGGGUGCCACCUGCUACCAGAUCGCCAUUGCGAGAACAUAAGACUGUUCGAUUAACUUUCUGUAACUUUGUCGGUCCAGAAACAUGGCGACUCUUAUGUACCGGUAUGAUAUUACCGGAUUGUACACAAAACAAAGCAUUUCACUGUACAUGUGACAAUAAAGUAUCAUUGAAUAGGGUCACAGAGUCAUGGAAACAGGUGCUUCGGCACAACUUGCCCGCACUGACCAUCAGAACUAUAACAGAACUAAACACAAUACUCUAAGUACAACCUCUCCAACUUCUUUUAUAAAUGCAACAUGUCCUCCCAAUGUUUAUACUCAAUACUUUGACUGAUGAAGAGUAUCAGUGCCAAAAUCGUUUUUUGACCACCUCAUCUACCCGUGACCACCUCAUCUACCUCAUCUGUGACCACCUCAUCUACCUGCCACUUUCAAGGAACUAUGCACCUACACACCUAGAUUCCUCUGCUCUACAACACUACCCAGAGCCCUACUUUUCACUGUAUAGGUCCUGCCCAUAUUAGACUUUCCGAAAUGCAACCUCCCAUUUCUCUGGGUUAUAUGCAAAACAAAGCAUUUAACUGUACAUGUGACAAUGUGUCAUUGAAUCAAUAGAAACUAUUUAGUCAUACAGCCUGGAAAUUUAUCCACACCGACCAACAUGUCCAAUCUACACCAGUCCCACCGUUUGUUACAAAACAAGAACAGUGCAAAAACUCUCCCGACAUUCUCAACGUUUAUACACACAUCCAUUAGUGUUAUAUUCGGUCGUGUUCACAAGCUAUCCUCAUGCCAGGCACCCUUGCCACACACAUGGCCGUAUGUGUUAAUAUUGUUCUUUGUGCCUCUUCAUAUCUUUAGUUUCCCUCUCCCCCAACUCUCAGUCUGAAGAAGGGUCUCAACCCCAAACGCCACCUGACCCCUUUCUCCAGAGAUGCUGCCUGACGCGCUGAGUUACUCCAGCAUUGUGUGUCUGUCUCCUACGCCGAUAUUGUCAGCCUGUUCUCUCGCACUGUGCUUAACGAUUCAUCUCGGCGUGCAUAUGGACUAGGUAGGUGUGCCGGCCCUGACAUCACAAGUCACAGCAACAAAUCAGCCCAGUACACAGGCGGUAGCAAUUGACGAGCGCCUGAGAGGCAUUCCAGUGCAAGCAGAGGGGGGGUUGCAAAGCGGCGGCGGUGGCGGCGUGAGCUGUUCAGGGCAAGGGGAUUUACUGAAAGGGAGAGUGGAGAGCGUCACGGCGCAGCGGCGCUCGUUAGGACUUGGCGGGGCUAUCCCGGUGGAUUAAUGUAUAGCGUGGGACGGCAAACUUACUGCACAUUGUAUUCUGCGUAUCACAUUCGCUUCAAGUGCUGAGCGGGAGAAAGAUAAACAGAGAUAUUGAAGGAGUAAAGGAGCUGGUGAUGCAAACAGUCUCAAUCAUGUCCUGCUUGUACUCUGGCUUGACUGUGGAUCCAUGAAGGAAUUACUCGCAGACAAUGAUUGCUCAUAGCAUCGCUUCAGGGCACAUCUACUGUAUCAUGCCAGGCUGCUCGAUGUAUAAUGAAUGUCCCAGGACUAGGUUGAGCUGCUGCAGUUUAAUCUGGCAAGACUAGUCAAUCAAAUUGUUGAGCCGCUUUCUCACAGCGCAGGAGACCCGGGUUUGAUCCUGACCUCAGGUGCUGUCAGUGCAGAGUUUGCAUGCUCUCCCUGUAACCGCGUGGAUUUUCUCCAGGUCCUCCGGUUUCCUCCCGCAUCCCAAAGACGUGGAGUUUGUCGGUGCAUCCUGGAAGACAACCAGUGUCUGCUCGAAAAUAUGCCAGGAAGCCAUGAUGAUCCCAGAUCAGAACAGCACAGCUUCCUCGUUGUUUUUCAAUUCCAACCUCUCGUGGAACAGGGGAUCCCAGGACGGGGUGGUCCUGGGCGAAGGUGCUAUGGACGGGAUCGCCGGCAGCCUCCUCGGUUCGUCCAUGCGUCCGCCCGCGGCCUCCCUGGCAGUGAACGCCACCGUCAUCGGUAACAGCACAGCCGACCCUCGGGGCCACGCCGUCUGGCAAGUCAUCCUGAUCGCCUUCUUCACCGGCAUACUCUCGCUGGUGACCAUCAUCGGCAACAUCCUGGUGAUGGUCGCCUUCAAGGUGAACAAGCAGCUGAAAACGGUGAACAACUACUUCCUGCUCAGUCUCGCCUUUGCAGACGUGAUAAUUGGAGUGAUUUCAAUGAACCUGUACACCACCUACAUCAUCAUGGACCGCUGGGCUUUAGGCAACGUGGUGUGUGACCUGUGGCUGGCUAUUGACUAUGUUGCCAGUAACGCCUCUGUCAUGAACCUUCUGGUUAUAAGUUUUGACAGGUACUUAUCCAUCACACGGCCGCUCACCUACAGAGCUAAACGAACUCCCAAGAGAGCUGCAAUAAUGAUUGGCCUUGCUUGGAGUGUUUCAUUUGUCCUCUGGGCUCCCGCCAUUUUGUUCUGGCAGUAUUUUGUUGGCAAGAGGACAGUGCCACCAAAUCAGUGUUUAAUACAGUUUUUAUCGGAACCAAUAAUAACUUUUGGCACGGCCAUUGCUGCGUUUUACCUGCCGGUCACCAUCAUGACCAUCCUGUACUGGAGGAUCUACAAGGAGACAGAGAAACGCACUAAGGAGCUGGCAGCCCUGCAGGCUUCAGCCCGCGACAUGGAGCCGAUGCACCUUGUUCGCCCUGCCGCCAGCAGCACGAGGAGCUGCAGCAGCAACGAGCUGCAGAGGGCGAAGGGCAAGAGGCGGCUGGGCAGUUGUCACUUCUGGCCCCUUCUCUCCAAGUCGUGGAAGGCCAGCGCGGAGGGGGAGCCAGAGCCCAGCAGCAGCGACAGCUGGAACAACAACGACGGCGGCGGCGGCUCCCUGGACCACUCGACCUCUUCCGACGAGGAGGACGUGGUGUCGGAAACCAGGGCGAUUUACUCCAUUGUGCUGAACCUCCCCGGGCUUCAGGCAGCCGCCACCGCCGGGUUGUCCAAGUCGGACAACGUGGAUCUGUGCGCUGACAAACUCAGCGAAGACGACGCCGACGAGAAGGAAGGGAAGUUCAAGGAGGAGCAGGAGAACAGCUUCCAUCAACAUUUCGCCAAGCUCCCCACUCACUCCAUGCCCUCAAUGCAUCCUUCCAAGACCAUGGGAGGGAUUUCCGCAUUAGCAAAGUCAUCCUCGUCCAUGCCCCUGUCUUUCAGAGAAACCACCACCUCGAAAGCAUUUGCCACGAAGACGAGGACGCAGAUAACAAAGCGUAAGAGGAUGUCGCUGAUAACGGAGAAGAAGGCCGCACAGACCCUUAGUGCCAUUUUGCUGGCGUUUAUCAUCACAUGGACACCUUACAACAUCAUGGUGCUGGUGAACACCUUCUGUGACAAGUGUGUCCACGACGCACUGUGGCGCCUGGGCUACUGGCUGUGUUAUGUUAACAGCACGGUGAACCCCAUGUGUUACGCGCUAUGCAACAAGAACUUCAGGAACACUUUCAAAGCGUUGCUGCUGUGCCGGUGGGAACAGAAGAAGAGGCGGAGGCAGCAGUAUCAACUGAGACCGUCUGUGGUCUUCCAUAAAAGGAUUCCGUGCCAAGCUUCCUGAAGCUGCACUUUGCAGACCGUGACCGGUUCUGCUUGGUAGCAAUUGCAUUGUGUUUCUCCGUCUCCUUGUUGAACACUGCAUUGUUCAAGACCCAUACUGGCUAUCAGUGUUGUGAGCACAUGGCUGGCGUAAAUGCUGCUUUUGUAUUAUGUGUCGGAUUGUGUUUACAUGAUGUAGACAGCAGUACAAGUAUUUAAAGUAGUGCUGAUGUAUUUAAAUUGUGUAAUUUUGUCCUUCUGUUCAUAUGAGGUUCAUGUACGCUUUGGCUUAAUAUUUAUUUGACAUCAACAAAGCACUUAAGUCCUAAACCCUAUUAUUCAAUGCAGCAUUACAAAUGCUGCAUUUCGCACCUCAGUCCUGGAGAGUACUCCUUACCUCAACUUGCACAUGUGUUUCCACUCCCUUCCUUCCUUUCACCUGUGGUACGGUGGUACAGUGGUAGAGUCGCUGCCUCACAGCACCAGGGUCCCGGGUUCAAUCCUGACCACGGGUGCUUGACUGCUUGGAGUUUGUAUAUUCUCCCUGUGACCUCGUUAGUUUUCGCCGGGUGCUCCAGUUACCUCCCACAUUCCAAAAACAUGCGGGUUUGUAGGUUCAUGUAGACACAUGGUGCUGGAGUAACACAGCGGGUCAGGUAGCAUCUCUGGAGAAACAUCAUCCAUCCUUUUCCUCCAGAGAUGCUGCCUGACCUGCUGAGUUACUCUGGCACUUUGUGUCCAUCUUUGGUAUAAACCAGCAUCUGUGGCUCUUUGUUUUGACAGGUUUGUGGGUUAAUUAGCUUAUGUAAAUUGUCCCUAGUUUGUAGGAUGGAACUAGUGUAUGGGGGU